AGUAUCAUUUGUGAUACCAGUGUGAACAGAAAUGGAACAGUGAAACUAGGACAACAUAAUUACUUUCAUACGCUGACAAUGUGUGUAGUAUUGAUAACAGUAUUAAUAACAACGGAAAAUGACAGGACGAAAUAUAAAGCUUCUAUAAAAACAAGUUUGCGAAUACGCCUGUCUCGGUCGAGCACUGUGCUUCAAACAUAAAACACUUUAAUCGUGACCUUGGUUAAACAGCUCAGUCUCCACCAGCAAUUGCCGACUAGUAUAGCGACAAUCAUAUCAAUUACUAGUGUAGAUUGUGAAUUCGGCCGAAAUGUUACGAUGGGGUAUAGCUGCCGCUGGCAAAAUUUCCAAUGAUUUUGUAACGGCUAUCGUACAGUGUUUACCAGAAAAUGAACAUAAAGUUGUAGCGAUAGCCAGUAGAUCACAAAAGACUGCCGAUGAGUUCGCUAAAAAACAUGGCAUUCCAAAAGCUUACGAGGGGUACGAUAAAUUAGCGAAAGAUGAAAAAGUUGAUAUCGUUUAUAUUGGAGUUUUAAAUCCGCAACAUUACGAAAUUGCAAAGUUAAUGCUGGAACAUGGUAAACAUGUGUUAUGUGAAAAACCAUUGACCUUGAAUGAAAAGCAAACUAAAAAACUGAUUGGCAUUUCCAAGGAAAAGAACCUUUUUCUAAUGGAAGCUGUGUGGUCAAGAUGCUUUCCUGCUUACAAAGAAAUGAAAAAAAUUAUCGAAUCCGGAGAAAUUGGUGAAGUUUUACAAGUAAACGUAGACUUUGGAGUACCUAUUAUUCAAAACGAAAGGAUAAAUAAAAAAGAAUUGGGUGGUGGAGUCAUCCUGGAUUUAGGUGUAUACCUUCUUCAGUUUCAACAAUACGUCUUUCGCGGUUCCAAACCGACAAAAGUUGUAGCAAGUGGCGUAUUAAAUGAAAAUGGAGUUGACAGUUCUGUAGCUGCUGUAUUAAUUCAUGAAGGUGGUAAAACCGCUGUCGUUUCUGCUUCUGGAACUGUAAGUUUAUCUUGUGAAGCUCGAGUAUCCGGAACCAAGGGUUACAUCCGCAUACCAUUAUUUUGGUGUCCAACUUCGCUGGACGUUAACGGAGAGCUCAGAGAAUUUCCACUACCAAAAAAUUCAGACCAAUUUGAGUAUAAAAAUAGUGCUGGCUUAGCUUAUGAAGCUGAAGAAGCCAGGAAAUGCAUCAUGAAGGGGAAAUUGGAAUCUCCUCAAAUAACGCAAAGCGAAAGUAUAGAAUUGGCCCAGCUUAUGGAUAAACUAAGAGCUGCCGUCGGAGUAGUAUACCCUGCAGACAGUGAAGCGUAUUGAAAUAUAACCAACCAUAUAAAAUAUAAUGAUUUGAAUCACA